AUGAACAAACAACAACAAGCCUUACUCGCCAAAUGCAUGAGAACAACUCUUGCCUCUUGUUGGAGCCAACAGAAAACAAUUUCUAACAAGACUUGGCUAUUAUCAAGAAUGGAUCAGAAAAAUUCCAGUAUUCUAUUCAAUAAUUAUCGGGAUUGGAAUGAAACUCUCGGAAGAUGUUUUUCAACCAGUGGAUGGAUGAACGGAAGACCAAGAAAGAAGGAUGUUGUUACUACCAGUGUAGCAGAACAAGAAUCAUCAUCGGAAGAAAAGAAUGUUGAAUCAUUAACCACGAAUGUAGAGAGUAUUACAUCAUCAUCAGAACCAAAGCAACACCUCGGGGAAGAAAAUCCAAAACAACCAUCACGGAUGCUGAACAAGUGA